UCACUUUACGUUUACAUAUAUUGUUUUCUUAGUUCGCAUUCGCGUGAACAACGUGAAUUAAAUAUCAAAUAUCGAAAAGUAACGUAUGUAAAAUCGUUUUUAUAAUAUAUUUGUUUUAUUUUUCUUUCGGAAAAAAUGGCCUUGAGUGAUUAUGAAGAUGCAUUAAAAUCUUUUAUCCAUGACGAUGACAAACUGGUUACCUACAAGUGGCUAAGCAAAGAAUUUGAAAUCCAUAUUAAUCUAGCCAAAGAUAUUUUAAAACAGUAUUGGAAUAAAUACAAAAGCAAAGAAAAAAUACUUGCUACUCUUCUGUUAGUUGGCCGAUUGGAAGAUGGUUCUUUUCGCGUAGUAGUUGUAAAAGAAUCUGAAUUAGAUUUCGUGAAGUCAAAGUUUGUUAAAAUUGACUGUGAACAUUUAUACAGCAUUCAGAAAUCAUUGCCAGAUAUUGAGCUUUUAGCUUUAGUUGGUAAAAGUGAUUUGCGUUACAGUGCAAUUAAAUGUAAUGAGGAAUAUGUAAGGAAUGAUGAUGAAAUUGAAAGUUUACGUUACAUUGGAAAUGUUAGAAAAGAAGAAAGUAAGUCUGUUAAAUCUUCAACUGCUACCAAUAAAGUUGCUGAAAAACCUGUAGAUAAAAAGAUUGAGCUUUUUCCAACUGACACAUCCAUAAAGCAAUGUAAUAAAAAAGUUGAAGCAAAAGAAAAAGAAAAAUUAGAAGCAAAAGAAAAAUUAGAAGAAAAAGAAAAAUUAGAAGAAAAAGAAAAGGCACAUUCAGAAACAACAAUGGUACAAGGAAAGAAAAAGUCUCCUCUGAAUAAAUCAAAUAACAAAACAUCCAAGAAACCAAUUCAAUCCAAACAAUGUGGAUUCAAUAAUCUUUUUGGAAAAGUUCCAAAUAAGCCCCAAACAGCACCAAACAAAUCUAUUGAUUCUCCAAAAAAUAGGGAAAUUAAUUAUUUAGAUACAACUGAAAAAGAUAAAAAAGUGUCAUCUAACAAAACUGAUAAGAACUUACCCAAAGAAACUGAUGAAAAGUUGUCUAAAGAAAAAGGAAAGUCAAACAAAAGUCAAGAUCAAGAAAAAGAAAAAAAGAAAAUGCAAGAAAAGGAAAAUAGACUGUUUCAAGUUGAAGAAAAAUCUAAAAAGAUUACAAAAACAGAAGAAAAAAUUGAAAAAUCUAAGAAGAUUACAAAAACAGAAGAAAAAAUUGAAAAAUCAAAACCAAAAUCUAAAUCUGAAUCAAGAGGUAAAAAGAGACACCGCAGUCAAGAAAAAGAAUCAAAACGUAAACGAAUUUUAGUGUUAGAUUCUAGUGAAAAUGAAUCUGGAGAGAGUGCUGAUGAAAAAGAAGAAAUGGAAGUUGAAGAAAUACAUCCUAAAGUUAUGGUCAAAAGAUCACCAUCUCCUCCAGCUGAAAAAAGAGAAAAUGGUAAAAGAAUGGUUAGAAAAAUUAUUGAUAAAACUUUCAAAGAUGAAGAAGGUUUCUUUGUUACAAAAAGAAUUCACAUUUAUGAAGCAGUCAGUGAUAAUGAAGAAGUUGAAAUUAAAACAAAAGAACCUCAGAAGCCGAAACCAAUAGAGGCUCAAGCAAAAAAGAAGCAAACAACAUUGAUGAACUUUCUUAAAAAAUCUUAAAAUUUCAUCCCUUAAAUCUGUUUAACAUAUUGAAAUUAAAAAAGAAAACUAUUGAUAUUUAUGUUUUAAGAUUUAUGAAUAAAUAAUAAAUCAAUAUUUAUUUACAAUCGGCAUAACUAUGAUGCAUAUCACAAAUUCACAGUAAAAUCAUUCAUUUCACACCAUACUGGACUGAUAACGUUUGUAGAGUCAAAUUGAUAAGGAAACAAUGAAAGUCAGUUGAAAUUACCUGGAUGACAUCAUUAUCUUAUCAAGAGUGAGUGAGCUUCUAAAAGUACUGUUCACAUCUAUUGAAGCAACUGUGCUGUAAAAGUGUCAAAUAUGGAAAUCUUCUGUAAAUCAAAUUUCUUGUUACUUUACUUUGUAAUUACAUUUGUAGUUCAAAAUUCAUAUGCUGAUGUUUGUCAAAUUUGCUUGUGUUCUUCAACAGGUAUAACAUGUUUAAAAUGGUUUUAUAAUAUUCUUAAGACAUAUUUUUGUAAAGUAAAUUAUAAUUUUUAGUCAUUAAAAUACUAUUCGUAUGUGAUAUUAAGUUAUUGAUAAUAUUGUUUAUAUUAAUACAUUAUAAAAAAAUGUAACAAUCGAUUCUUUUUCUUUUUACUCUUAAUAUCAAUAAAAUUAGUGUCAAAUAUUUGUU